UCGUUAUGUCACUAGUAGAAACCAGGCUUUAGCAACACAAAACAAAAAGCACUUACCAGCCGAUUGUACAAUAAUACAUUUCUUGUAAAACCACAAAGUGGAUAAAUAAUGAUAACAGCGUGACACAAUUCACAAUGUAAGACUGGAAAAUAAAAGAAGCUGCUCUUCCGGUUUCUUAUGAUCUUUCAAACAUGUGUUUGAAUACUAAAACGAUUAAACGAUAAGUUGUUGCAGAAUACAUGUCAAUAUAUAUAAAGCUGUUUUAAAAAAGGAUCAAAACAUGGCACAUUCAGAAGAGUUUUUCGUGCUGUUUUUCAUUUUUUUGGUGACUGUUUUUUUAUAUCAAAGAUUCUUCAAGAAAAGAAAAUUAGCCAUUCCUGGUCAGAACAGCAUAAUCAAAGACAAUGAAAACUAUAUUAGGCUGUUAACUUGUUUAAACUAUGCUGGAAGAAGAGCUGCUCUUCAUAUUAUGUUUAAACAUGGCUUGCCACAAGAUAAAAAGUUGUUAUACCAAAAAUUACUGUUGUUUCAGCCAACAUUCUUAAAGCUUAAAGGAAAAAAAAUCAUAAAAGAAAAGGAAUGGGAUUUAUUAUAUCCAAAAUCGAAAGAGACUCAAUACGAAGAAUUUGACGUCACCUUGAUUUGUAUAGUUAUACAGAAUUGUACGAGUCUUACCCCACCAAUUGGAGGCUGGAAGAUCAAAACCCCACAAGUAAAGGACAAGAGCAUCGCUGCAUACUUGGGGCAUCUACGAGCAUUUAGAAACAAACUUUCACAUUAUGGAAACACAAAAAUGUCCAAUGCAGACUUUGAAACAUUUUGGUCGGAACUUUUAAUCAUUUUAACAGGUCUCCAAUUCCAAGUGUCUUCAAUCCAAGAGCUUUAUAACUGUCCUUUAGAUUGUACAUAUGAAUAUCGUAAUGCCAUUGUAAAGUCACAAGUGGAUUUAUGCUACGAUAAAUUGAAGGACUGCACUGUCCUUAAAAGAAGAUUUUCAGACGUUGUAAGCGAUCAUAAAAAUCUUUCUAAAAGGCAUGACAUAAUGCAACAAAAAGUGGAAACUGAAAAAAGCAUCAGACAGAGUGAAGUGUUGAAAAUACGCAAUCAGUUGGAUGGUAUCCAGCUAGAAAAAGAAAGGUCUACAUACAAUCUACUGGAAAUAUAUGAUCGUGUGACUUUACUAGCUGCUGAUGUUGGUUCACUGGAGGAAAGAGUGGACAGCCAGAUGGAGUUGUCAAAGGAGGAAAUAGAAGAUAUCAAAAAAAAUGAAUUAUCACUGUCAGGAUCUUUAGUUUCAGCACCUUUUCUGAAUGGCGGCCAAAUGGGAGGAAAAUAUUGUAGAGAAAUCAAUUUUAGUGGAAACCAGAACCUUACUCCUGACAAUUUGCGCGAACUUUAUAACUACUUGCAUCAAGCUGAUGCGUACAUACUUGAUGAAUUGAUAUUGUACGAAUGUAAUCUUCAAGAUUUUCAUUUGAAGGUUAUACAACAAAUUGUUCCAUACAUAAAGAAUCUGAACAUAUCUCACAACACUUGUAUCAGUGUUAGUGGAUGGAAAAGUUUCACAGAUGCUUUGUUAACCUUUGGUUUAAACCGUUUAGAACAUAUAAACUUUGAAGAAUGUGAUAUUAAUGACGAAGAUCUGACUUCAUUGUGUCCCCUCAUAGCAAGAAUAAAGUCAGCUAUUCUGAAUUAUAAUAAGGAAAUAACUCCAUUAGGUCUAAAGUUUCUAUCACAAGUUUGUCAGCAAUCUGCUCCGUUAUUAUUGGAACGCUUAGAAUUAAUAGCUUGUGACUUAACCGAUGAUCAUCUUAAAUCUAUUUCUGAUGUUAUUCCUUCUCUUAACUACUUAACGUUGUGUGGAAAUUCACGAAUCACAUCAGAAGGAUUAAGAUGUAUUUCUGAUGCAAUAAGCAAUACGGGUUCAUAUCAACUAGAAUCGCUUGACAUAAGGUGUUGCAACUUUAAUGAUAAUGAUAUGAUAGAAAUAGCAAAACUUUUUGACAAAAUUGAUGAAGUGGAUUGCACCAAUAAUACCCUGAUGACAAAUUUAUCAUGGAAGACACUUCUGGAAACGCUAUACCCAAACGAAAACAACACAAUCGGUGUAUUUAAUUUUGUAAGUCCAAUCACAGAUGACAAUAUCUUAACAGUUUCUGAAAUAUUUGUUCGAUCAAGGCAAGUUAAUCUGUAUGAUCAGAAUCUCAGUUCUAAGCAUUUUGAAGUGCUCACAGACAUCAUUCUUGAUAAGAAGGAUUCUGUGCUUGAGUAUCUUUUUUUUGUGAAUUGUAACUUUGAUGAUACUCAUUUUGGUUGUUUGCUAAGACUAAUGCAAUCGAAUGUCGUUAGUUUUUGGUGGAAAAACUAUAUACAUGUGAAUGAUCGCACACUGAAAGAAGGGCUUCGUGAACUAUUGGCUGAAAAAAGGUUUGGUAUUCAAAAACUAGAGUUACCAGAAUUUAAUCUAACUGAUUCGCAUUUGGAAAACAUAGUAGCUGAUAUUUGCUCUAUGUCAACAUUAGACAUUCGGAAAAAUAGAAAACUAACACCAAUUGUGUUUAGAAACAUAGGCGAAAAAGUUUUUAAAGAUGGCUCAUAUCUUUUGGAGUCCAUGUGCCUAAGUGAUUGUAACAUCAGGGAUGAUCAUUUGGAAGCACUGAAGUAUUUCAUUCCUCGCCUUAAGUCAUUGGAUAUUUCAAACAAUAUUUGCAUUAAACCAUCCGGGAUCCGAAAGUUAUCCGCAGCAUUUUUCAGUGCAAGGUGCAGUUUGGAUAGUCUCAAUCUCUCUGCAUGCAAUUUAACAGAUGAUCACCUUCAAGCACUUUGCAUACUCGUGCCGUCCGUAAGACAAGUCAACCUAGACGAGAAUAGAUCCAUCACUGCAAAAGGUUUAAAAUGCUUAGCAAAUACGCUGUCUAAAGCACCUAAUAUGCGAACUGAUAAGCUGUCUUUUGCAAAAUGCAGUAUUGAACAAGAUGGUAUUGUCGCGUUGUUAAAAAUUGGGGUAUACCUUUCCAUACUUGAUCUGAGCGAAAACAAAUCUUUAGAACCAAUUAAAUGUUUUAAUUUUCCAAAGACAAAAAUGAUAAAACUUGAGAAACUAGAUCUCGCCUCUUGCAAUUUAAAGGGAUCGCUGUUAACAGAAAUGUCUGACACCAUGUUACAUUUAUGCGAGGUGGACUUUGGAUGUAAUACAGCAAUGUCUGUUGAAAGUAUAAGGUGUUUUUCCAAUGCUAUAUGCAACGGUAAAAGUCGGUUAGGUGACGUUUCAUUUCGCGAGUGUAAUUUCACUGAUAAUCAUGUGGAAGCGUUUUCUAGUGCAGUACCUUUAAUAGAGCACGUCUCCUUGAAAGGAAAUAAAGGCAUAACAGAUAAAGGAUGGAGUGCAUUAUCAAGCGAAAUUGUGUAUGCAAAGGUGCUAAAAUUACAUACCCUUGAUCUCUCAAAUUGCAAUCUUAUGAACGAACAUAUUAUGGUGUUAAAAGAUAUGUUCAAAAGAAUAUAUCGAAUUUAUCUUAGUAAUAACGGAUUACUCACGGAUAAAAGUUUGCAGCAUAUGGCAGAAGUAGUUACAAGUGUUGAUAAUAAUCAGUUGAAGAUAAUACACUUUCAUGAUUGCAAUUUAACCAUACGUCAAAUUGAGGCUUUGCGCCCCAUUUUGAAUUACGUCGUGAGCAUAUCAUUUCAAGGAAAUAACAGUUUAGGAAAAUUUGGUCUACGCAGCCUUACAAAGUCAGUUCGUUCAAGCACGUGCAAACUUUCAGAAAUUGAUCUUCAAAACUGUAAUUUACAGAAUAAAGAUUUGGAUGAGAUCAAGAGAAUGUUACCAAUAUUGGAUAAAGUUGAAAUAGGAGGUAACCACUUUAUUACAGAGUCUGGCAUGCUGGAAAUGAUGGAUAUGCCCUGUCGAGUAACCACAAUUAACAAUUCUGAUAAUUUGCCUCAAGAGAGAAACCUCCCUGGUUUCUAUACAUAUCUUACAAAAGCAAAGAAGUUGAAUCUGUCAGAAAGCAGAAAUCUCACAUCAGAAAUAAUUGAGUUGAUUUGUAAUACUAUCACUACCUCGCCAAUAAACAAACUUCGACUCAUGGACAUUUCAAAAUGCAAUUUAACUGACGUAAAUAUUGCAACAAUUUCACAGUUAUUACCAUUUAUACAAGAACUUGAUAUCAGUGGAAAUAAACAAAUUACAAGCAAAGGUUAUACUUAUCUGGCUGAAACAGUGAAGACUUCAAAGAUAUGCAUGCUAGAUUCUCUUCGUGUUGCGAAUUGCAACAUUGUUGAUGAACACCUAAAGUCAUUAAGUACAGUGAUCAAGGCUAUUAAAUCAUUGGAUUUGAGUGAAAACAACCACAUUACUCAACUUGGAUGGCAAUUCUUAACAAAAAUCUGUACAGAAACAAACAUUAGAUUGGAAUGUCUCACACUAAAGAAUUGUGAUCUAUCGUUAAAUGAAAUUAAGGCUUUAAUAACGCUGGUGCCCGUGCUGGAUAGUUUCAUUUGGUCACAGAAUUUUACGUUGCUGCCUUCAGAUUAUUCUUUUUUUGCAAAUGCUUUUUGCUCAUCUGACGGUUUAGCUUUGCGACGAAUGGAGUUUGUGCAUCCAAAUAUAAAUGAAGCUAGUAUUCAACAGUUGGCUGAUAUGUUACCGCUGGUUCAAGAACUGACCUUCAACGAUAUAGCUGUGUUGCCAUUAGGCAUCCUGGAGAAAUUAUCAAAAGUUCUUUUCAGCGAAUGUGUCAGUCUGUUAAACAGCUUGGAAUUAUCGAAUUGCUUUUUAACAGACAAGCAUAUGGAUGCUAUUUGUAAAAUGACAAGCAUUUUCUCUACGAUUGAUAUUCGAAAGAAUGCAUUAAUAACAAAAGAGGGAUACAAAAAAUUGGCAAUUUCUUUGCAGCAGCACUCAAACACUAAUUCAUUGAAAUUGGAUACUCUUUGUCUGAAUGAAUGCAUUUUGGGUGAAGAAGAGAUUCAAGUCAUUGCGCCAAUUUUUCCUUUAUUACGGGAAGUACAAAUGUUUGAUAACAAAGGAAUUACUCCACAAAGUUUAAAAGUGAUUGCUGAUCAAAUAGCAGAAAAUUCAAAUAGCAGACUAGAGGCAGUUGAUUUAUCCUACUGCAACUUAUCCGAAGAACAUCUGAAAUGCAUGGGUAGCAUGGUUCCAUUUCUGAAAAAAAUUAAAUUUCAGUACACCAUGUUCACUCUAAAUCAAUGCAAAUACUUGUCAAACAUUAUCCACACAGCUAAAAGACUAAACACUGAAGAACUGUCAUUUGUUGAUAGUGACUUUGGAGACCCACAAAUUAUUGCAUUGGCAGAAGUCGUUUCAAAUGUCAAAGCAGUGGAUUUGAGCACUAACAGAAAAAUUAGUGCUGAAGGAUUGAAGUUUCUGUCACAUUACAUCUUCAAUAGAACAUGGUCCAAUUUGGAAACACUAACAUUAAAAAAUUGUAACAUGGAUGAAGAAAAAUUAGGAUCGUUGGCAAGAAUUUUUCUUAAGUUGAAAAAUCUUGUACUUGAUGAUAACGCCACUAUUACUCCAGAAGCGUUAUUCGCCUUGUUUAAUCAAUCCAAGGAAAAUUUAAAAAAUUAUGCUAUUCCCAAGGUGUCGUUAAUUGAUUGUAACAUUACAGACGAUCACUUACGAAAGAUAUCUGCUUUUAUUCCCUACAUGAAGGAAUUAGACCUGUCUACACAGAGAUUCAUAUCUUCAAUAGGUCUCCAAUACAUCACUGUUGCUUUACUUAACACUAAGUACAGAAAAUUGGAAAUAGUAAAACUGCGUGAUUGCAACAUUAAUGCGUCGCACGUUAAAGCUAUAUCGACUAUCAUACCAUUGAUUAAAGAACUAGACUUAAGCUGCAACAGAACGAUUACACCUGAUGUGAUGGAUGCUAUAUGUCAUGCGGUUACCAGUGCAGCUAAAAGCCAGUUGGAAGUAUUGAUGUUAAACGAUAUCAACCUUAAUGCAGAGCACGUUGAAAAGAUGAUUCAGAUGGUCCCUUUUCUUCGAAAGUUGGAUUUAAGUGACAACAGGUCAAUUACGCCAUCAUGUCUAAAUCGUCUCGCUGAAGCAACAAUCAGCGACUGCUUGAGCAAUCCCGAGGAAGUUGUUCUCAGUAAUUGUAGUCUACGAGAAGAUCAUUUGAAAGCAUUGUGCAACCUAGCUCCACGGAUACCUACUUUGAAUUUAAGCAACAACAAAUUUUUAACACCGAUUGGCUUGAAACUUUUGUCCAACACAGUAUGGAAUGCAAUGGAUAAACUCAAACUGUCAUCUCUCUCAUUGGCCAGCUGCAAUCUGAAAGACGAACAUUUGGAGUGUUUGUCUUUGUUAAGCAUAUGCAUCAAAGAAUUGGAUUUGAGUGAAAAUAAAAGAAUAUCUGCGAUUGGAUUCAGAGCAUUUUCAGGAUUCAUCAAAUCAUCUGAGUUAAGUAGAUUGGAGAUCGUUAAAUUCAAAGGUUGCGGUUUAACAGCGACACAUUUUGAUUCAAUGGCAGGUUUAAUACAAAGUGUAAAACAAAUUAACCUGGAUAGCAACAGAAAUUUGGCGGGAGGUGAUUUGGCUCAUCUUUCUAUGGCAAUUUUGCCAUUGCCAAAUCAACUGGAAUAUAUCAGUUUGGAAGACUGCAAUUUGAAUGAUAUUCUUUUACGAAGUGUAUGUGACAUUGUGCCUCAUACGAAGGAAAUCAAUUUAAAGCAAAACAAGACAAUCUCUUCUGUAGGUUUAAACCUAUUGAAAGAUACUCUGCAUCAUUUGGAAAGGUAUUCAUUGCAAACAUUAAUUCUAAGCCAUUGCAAUCUACAAGCUGAAGAAUUUAAAGUUGUUGGAUCUAUCUUGACAAGGGUAAAAAACAUUGACUUGACUGGUAAUAAGCUGAUUACCAGUGCUGAUAUGUCGUUUCUGUCGAAUUACAUCUGCACUUCACGUUAUGUAAAGUUAGAAUCGAUCACGUUAAGUGAUUGCAACAUCACAGACGCUCAUAUGAAGUUCAUUGUGGAGUUGACACCAUAUGUGAAGAGAUUGGUGCUAAAUGAAAACAACGCGAUCACAUUUGCAUCGCUUGAAGUGGCGUCAAAGAAACUUAAGAUGGUUUUAAAGGAGCGUGGGCAUUUGGAAUUGCAAGAAUUACAUUUGAAGGAUUGUUCUUUAACAACAAAAUGGAAUGAAUUGAGUUUCUGGAAUAUGUACUUCAAGAUCUUCGUAUAAAGAUGUUUUUGCUAUGGUAUGUUUACCUCUAACCAGAGAAGAAUUAAAUACAACGUUACUUUUCAACAUGAAGAAGUCAUCUCUUCAAAGUCGAUUCUGGACUUUUGAUUUAGAAAAAAACAUUAUAUCAUGUAAAAUCCGUAUGCAUUAACUUUUUUCGUACCAAAAUAUAGAUAAAUUUGUUUGUUUUUGUUUUGUUUUAUGCAUAUAUUUUAGGGUCAAUUUUUAUGUAAACAGUAAACUGCAUAGAAAAAUAUAUUUUAAGAAAUCAUUAGUACCUGGCAAUGUAAUGUCUUUUUAUGUCUUCUUUUAACGUUUUUAUUGGCUUAUAUCGAUCACGUGAGUGGGUGAUAUUUUUCUAUGACUGUAAGAAUUGUUUCAACUAUUCUUGCUACUUAUUUAGCUUCUAAAACACUGGAGAAAACAUCUCCAAUACAACUUAAUGCCAACUGGAAUGUAAUAAAAUUUUAAUCUCUCUUGUACUAUAUCUUAAUGUCUGAAGUCACGUGAAUCCAGAUUUAUAUAUAUAACUAUAUCGUAAUAAUUUUUGAAUGAGUCAAUUUUGUUGUUUUUUGUUAUAUUGUAAUAUGUUUUUCUUUUGUAAUAUGUUUUUCUAAAGCACAAUGUCUAAUCGUGUUCAUAUUUUUCUAUAACUAUUAGCGGAGAUGAUGUUGUAUUAGCGCUGUCAACUUGUAAGGUUUUAGGUUCAUGUACCCAUUCCAGCGCACUUUAAAUGUAGUGUUGUUAACUCAUUUAUUGCCAUCUACUGACCGUGAAUCGGCUCGUGUGGCAGACAAGCAGGUUGGAGCAAUGCUGUAUACUGCUCUGGUGGUAAUAAAACAUAGUUGUACUCGGAGUGGACAAAAAACCAGCCGUUACUAUGGACUUUUCAAGGACAUUAAAAUCUUUCCGUUACUAAAUAACUCACUAACUACCUUACUUACUUACUUUCUGUGUGACACAACAGGUAGAUUGAUCUCAACCACCAACGUCGUCAAUCUUUGGCUACCGAAGUUAACUCUAUUUCUUGCCGUGACAGAACUUAAAAUCUAUAUGGUGAGAAUUACGUUUUUUAUUGUAAAGUGAAAACCUAUCAUUUUUUUCCUUGAUGAAAGUAGACACAAUUCUUA